UUUUAUUCGUAGGUUUAAUCUUGACGGGCACAUAAGAAAUCACACUGGAGAAAAACCUUACAGAUGUGAUCAGUGUGGAAAGAGUUAUGGUCGUAAGAGUGAUCUCAACAGGCACACCUGAUGAAACCAAAAGAAGAAAUAACAAAUGCAAGAGAACAGACAGAUCAAGAUCUGAAAGUGGUAAAGGAGGAAAUUUCACAACUCAAUGAAGUGGAGGAGAAACCUCAUCAUUUGAUACCCAAGGAAGAAUCUCUGAGCUGCUCGAUUACUGUGAGGAAUUUGUCACCUAAAAGGAACAACAAGCAAAAGGCAACAGCCAAGGAUGCUUUUAUGUGCCCUCAGUGUGGAAAGACCUUCACAUAUAAAUAUAUGCUUAAUAAUCACAUGAGACUUCACACUGGAGAAAAGCCUCACCGAUGUGAUCAGUGUGGAAAAACCUUCAACAGAAAAUCGCAUUUAAGUGAGCACACAAAAAUUCACACUGGAGAAAAACCUUACACAUGUGAUCAGUGUGGAAAGAGUUUCUUUAGUAAAAUUGAACUCAACAGGCACAUGAGGAUUCACAUAAAAGGAAGGCCUUACAGAUGUGAUCAGUGUGGAAAGAACUUCAGGUAUAAAUGGCACCUUACUGACCACACGAAAAUUCACACUGGAGAAAAGCCUUACAGAUGUGAUCAUUGUGGAAAGAGUUUUCUUCGUAGGUUUAAUCUCAACGUGCACAUGACAAUUCACACUGGAGAAAAACCUUACACAUGUGAUCAGUGUGGAAAGAGUUUCAUUUGUAAGACUGACCUUAAUCAGCACAUAAUAAUUCACACUGGAAACAAACCUUACAGAUGUGAUCAGUGUGAAAAGAGUUUCAUUUGUAAGACUGACCUUAAUCAGCACAUAAUAAUUCACACUGGAGACAAACCUUACAGAUGUGAUCAGUGUGAAAAGAGUUAUGGUCGUAAGAGCGAUCUCAACGGGCACAUGAGUAUUCACACUGGAGAAAAGCCUUACACAUGUGAUCAGUGUGGAAAAAACUUCAGGUAUAAAGGGCACUUUAAUGAACACACGAGAAUUCACACUGGAGAAAAGCCUUACAGAUGUGAUCUGUGUGGAAAAACCUUCAAUAGAAAAUCACAUUUAAGUGAGCACACACAAAUUCACACUGGAGAAAAACCUUGCAUCUGUGAUCAAUGUGGAAAGAGUUUCAUUCAUAAGAUGUAUCUGAAUAGGCACCUGAGGAUUCACACUACAGAAAGGCCUUAAAAUGUCCCUACUACGGUGAUUUUUGUAUUUGAAAAGUUCAGAUGCAAAAACCACUAAACGCAACCUGAAUAGGGUUUGGUUUUACACUGUUUGAGUUUGAGCAAGUUUGACUGACUGCUUUAGCAUCCUGGAUUGUAAUGUAAAUGCCAUAGACAGUAAAAGAAAUGGAAGAAAACAAGCAAUACGGUUAAUACAAAUUGAAGAAUAGUUAGAAUGGUAAAGAUUCAGCCUUUCAUCCCCUCUAGAAAGAUCAAAGAUGAUCUAAAAUGAUCUGUAAGUACAGUGACAGUCAGAAGACAUCUGAUUGAAGCUGAGCUGUUUUCAAGAAGCCCCCAUAAAGCACCAUUGUUGAAAAACACAUCAACUGGCCCAAAGAAAAAUGGUGUAAUAUUUUGUGGCCUGAUGAGAGUAAAAUUGUUCUUUUGGGUCAAGCGGUUAUCGGCAGAACCUCAGGCGACUCCCGGGUACUAAAUUCAAGCCACAGUACACUAUAAAGACAGUUAAACAUGGUGGUGCAAAAAUCAUGGUAUCGGGGGGGUUUCAUACCAACGUGUUGGGCUUAUUUAUCUUAUACAAAGAAAAAUGGAUCAGUUUAAAUACAUCAGGGGCCCGUUUCAGAAAGGUGGUUAAGUGAAAACUCUGAGUUUGUUAACCCUGAAAUGAGGAAACUCUGAGUUUUCCGUUUCAAAAAGGGAGGUAGGUUAAACCUGAGACAGCAGGGUAAGUCAAGCCUGUUUCAGAAGGAGAGGUAACUUAUACUCAGAGUCUGUUUCCGGGGUAACUUACUCUGUGAACCUAACCUGGUCGGGAGCAGGUUUUAUCCUGUAAACUCAGAGUUUCUUGUGGUCUCCUCCCCUUUUUUAAAGGAGUAGCGGUGUUUAAUCUUGUUAGUUGCUUUAGUACAUUCAUUCAUUGUGCACAUUUUUAUUAUGUACACUGUUAAAUAUUUUUAGCUGUCUUUAAGUUAUAAUUAAAUUGCCAGUGCAAACCAUUUUUAACUUACUACUUUAUAUUUUUAUAUAUUACACUAAUUAAACUUUCAACUAAAAUAUUAAAACAGUCAAUUGAAAUGACUUGAAAAGCUAAUAUGAUAUACUUAGGUGCAUAGAUCGUAUUAGUGACUAAAAUGUCAAGUACUUUUAUAGACAAUCCUGUAGAUCAGGGGUGGGGAACCCUGGUCCUGAAGGGCCACUGUCCUGCAGAGUUUUGUUCCAACCCUAAUUAAACACACCUGAAAAAUCAAAUUAAAGUCUUCAGGAUCACUUGGAAAUUUAAUUCUGGUGUGUUUGAUUAGGAUUUAACUAAACUCUGCAGGACAGUGGCCCUCCAGGACACAGGGUUCCCCAGACCUGCUGUAGAUGAUGAAAUUGCAUUCAUUUGUAGAAAGUUAGAUUUAUGUCGCGAGAGGAUUUUGAGACCCCUAGUGUUUUUUGUCAUAUCCACUUAUAUUUAUGCGAGCGAAAUUAUAAUUUUUUGCAGUCAUUUUAGAUAUAUAAAUAUCCUUAUAUGACUAAUAUCAGUCUUUGUGGUGCUCUUACAUCUAUACAGUUGACUUGACAUUUCUUACGUAUCCACUCGACAUUAUCGCUGGUCCAGUGGGUAAUGCUGUGUGCAGUGGUUAGGGCAGAUGUACUGUCGGCGAUCGGAGUUCGAAUCCUGGCUCGGCGAAUUUUUGUUUUAUUCAUGAUAAACAUUUGUAAAGUUCGUAGCCUUAUAUGACAAAGUAUUAUGCUUAAUUUCAUUUUUAGCUCAGCUGCUGUCAGCUUUUUGUCCAUGGGAUUGCAUCUGCAUGUAAAUGAAUAUAAUAACGUACAGUCCUCAGUUUAUUUACUUCUGAUGUUUUAACUGUGAUGAAAAAUUAAAUGUAUGCAUUUACUAGAGUAGCAUUUAACAAAAACAACUCUUUUCUUUAAAAUAAAUUCUCGUAGUUGCUGUACACUUGCAGUAACACUUUCAGUUUUAGUAGUAAAAAUGAUUAAGACCUCUUUGUCACGUGCUGUUGCCAUGGUAAAUCGUAAUAUCUGAGCUCCAUUGAUGAUGGCUUUUCGUUGUGGCUGUGCACGCGCUUAACUCAGAAGCCGUUUCUCAAUGUCAAGGAUACUUCCUUGGCAGGACUAGUCCUUAAAAGUCCCUUCCUUCAGAGGCUAGGCGAGGCUCCUUUUAAGCAUUCGGAGAACACGUUAAAUGGAACAGGCUAGCAAGUGCACGUCUUACGUCAUUGCGUGAUUGAAAGGUGUGCUUUCGGUGCUGCACGCAUAGGAUUGUGGGUGAUUUCAGCGCGUGAAGAGCGCGAAGGAUACAAAUUUGCAUCCUUUCCUGUAUAUGGGAUAUUUCUCAAACGAAGGACUCAGUCCUUGGCUGAAAUUUCGAGGAUCCUCGACAUUGGAACAGUCCUUCGACGGACGUCGAUGACGUAGCAUCCUCGAAAUUCUAGCUUCCGAGGAUCCUUCCUUGACAUUGAGAAACGGCUAGAGUCAACCUACUCAGAGUUAAUUGAACUAACUCCGAUCAGCUGUUCUGUAACCGAAAACUCAGAGUUUACUAUCUCAGAGUAAGUCAACUCAGAGUUCAAGUUUAAACUCAGAGUUGGUUGAUCCUCCUUAUUGAAACGGGCCCCAGAAUACUUGUUAAGGUUAUGUUGCCCUUGACCGAAGAGGAAAUGCCCCUAAAAUGGGUGUUUCAACAAGACAACAACCCCACAUAUACAAACAGGAGGGUAAAAUCUUGGUUCCACACAAAAAGGAUUGAGGUUAUUAUGGAGUGUCCAGCUCAAUCCCCUCUCUACCCCAUUGAAAACUUGUGGGGUGACAAUAAAAAUGCAGUUUCUGACACAAAGCCUAAAAGUGAACAGGAACUGUGGAUCUUGGGGUAAAAUAUCUGUUUCUGGGUGCCAGAAGUUGGUUGAGUUGAUUUGACACAGAUGUGCAGCAAAUAUCAACAACAAUGGUUAUGCAACUAAAUAUAAAUAUUCAAUAGGUCAAAGUGAAGUUAAAUCUUAAGAAAUUUCUCUCGUUUUAAGUGUCUACAGAGAAAAAUGUUGACCCUGCUAUAUAUAUAU